AUGUUUGACUUAUUAAAGGAUGUAAUCAAGGAGGUAGGGCCACAAAAUGUAGUCAUAACUGAUAAUGCUCCUGUUUGUAAGGCAGCUGGGUUAUUGAUAGAAGCUGAAUUUCCUCAUAUUUUUUGGACCCCUUGUGUGGUUCAUACUUUGAAUCUUGGAGUGAAAAACAUUUGUGCUGCAAAGAAUGUUGAUGGUAAUGAGAAUGUCUUCAAUGAAUAUGGGUGGAUUGCUAAAGUAAUUGGUGAUGCUUCUUUUAUCAAGGUUUUCAUCAUGACUCAUUCAAUGGGAUUAGCAAUUUUUAAUGAGUUUUCUUCUCUUAAAUUGCUUUCAAUUGCUGAAACUCGUUUUGCCUCUAUGAUAGUCAUGUUAAAAAGAUUUAAAUUGUUGAAACGUUGUUUGCAAAAUAUGGUCAUUAGUGAUCAAUGGAAUAGUUAUAGAGAAGAUGAUGUCAGAAAAGCUGCACAUGUAAAAGAGUUGAUUUUGAAUGAUAUAUGGUGGGAUAAAGUCGAUUACAUCCUUUAUUUCAUGGAUCCUAUAUAUAGCAUGAUUAGAAUAUGUGAUACCGAUGCUUCUAAUCUUCACUUAGUGUAUGAAAUGUGGGAUUCUAUGAUAGAAAAGGUGAAGACAACCAUCUAUAGGCAUGAUGAAGUGCUAGAAAAUGAAGUUUCUAGUUUCUUUGAAGUUAUUCAUGAAAUACUUAAUUCUAGGUGGAGUAAGAGUUGUAAUCCACUUCAUUGCUUAGCUCAUUCUCUAAAUCCAAGGUACUAUAGUGAUAAUUGGCUUAAUGAGGUUCCAAAUAGGGUUCCUCCUCAUAGAGAUGAUGAACUUUCUAGCCAAAGGAAUAAAUGUCUUAAGAGAUAUUUUCCACAUGUUAAUGUUAGGACAAAAGUUUAUGAAGAAUUCUCUAAAUUCUCAUCUUGUGCGGGUGACUUUGGUUCAUUUGAUUCAAUUGAGGAUAGAUGGGCAUUAGAUCCAAAAACUUGGUGGGUGAUGCAUGGAUCCUCUACACCUAUACUCCAAAAGGUUUGCUUUAAAGCUUCUAGUGCAGCCAUGUUCUUCCUCAUGCUGCUUUUGUCUAGAAAAGAGGAAGGGUAUAAAAAAGGAGAGACAAGAUUGUGGGACAUUAAUGGAGAUGUACAUGAUUCACUUGAUGAUAGUGCUGGAAUUCUUGAAAUGGCAGAUUUAUCUCUUGAUGAGCCAGAUUUAGAAGCUAUGCUUUUCUUAGAUGAUGGCAAUGGAGGAGAAGAAAAUGAAACAAUUAGAGUUUGA